AAAAUCCGCCGAGUGAGUUCAAUCCGAGCUGGGAGACACACACACUCACGCAGUUGAGGAAGAGGAGAGAACGAGAAAAUGGUUAAGCGGGGAGCAAAGAAGGAAGGAACGGUUGAAAGCUCGGAGAUGGAGGAAAGGAAGAGGUUAAAGAAAUUGGCUUUGGAGAACAAUUUGCUCUCUGAAACGCCGGCAACCGGUUCUCACUCGCUAUCCCCUUCAAAGACUGUAAUCAAACACCACGGCAAAGACAUCAUACGGAAAUCACAGCGCAGCGGCAAAAGUCGUUACCUGUUUUCUUUCCCUGGCCUAUUAGCGCCAAUUUCUGGAGGGAAAAUCGGAGAGCUCAAGGACCUCGGCACUAAAAACCCAAUUCUGUACCUUGAUUUCCCCCAGGUCUGUUUCCUUCAAUAAAAUUUGGAUAAUUUGGCUUCCGUUUUCUUUUUGAUCUGGGAUUUUCUUUAAUGUUGUUUCCCUUAGUUUUGAGAUGGUGAUAGAAAUUGGAAUAGGAAAGAUAGAUGGUGAGUCGCAUGGAUAGACUAGCUUGAAAGAAUUCUUAAUGAAUGGAUGAAUACAUUAGAAGGACUAGCUUGGAUGUCUAGUAAAUGUAUUAGAAGACUUAGGAUGUCCCCUGUGUGUGGGAAAAUGAGGAAAGCAUUUAAAAGUAGCUUUGGCAGGUUCGUAGAGAUUUUUAGGUGUUUAGGUACACCAAUUCUUCAUGUAGGAGCUCAAAUGAUUUGACCGAACUAGUAAAGAAGAGAUUAUGCAUUUGAAUCAGAAGACAAUGUAUAUAAACUGUUUGUACUGUUAGAAUGUGGUCAUGAUAUAAAAUCCGCCCGACUGACUCCAUAUGAAGGGGAAAAAGUUGCCGAUGAUCAUUGUAUUUCCGGAGUUGCAAUGAUUCAGAACAUGCCACAAUUUAUUAUAAGCUCAGGUUCUGGAAUCAUGGUCAAAUGAAGUUGUUCGGGACGAUCGUGUAUCCAAAGAAUAGAUACCUGACUCUCCAGUUUUCUAAAAGUGGAAAAAAUGUUACCUGUGAAGAUAAUUUUGAUAAUAUGAUUCUUUUUUCUGAAGCAUGGUGGAUUGGAAGGAAAGAUGAGAAUCCCGAAGAAACUCGUCUUGAAUUCCCGAAGGAGAUGAAUUUUGAACCGCAAGUUGAAUAUGAUUUCAAAGGUGGUGCUGGUGGUAGUGAGAGAAAGACAAAUGACUUAAAAGCAGCCAAAAGACCUCUUCCAGAAUCUUCUCCUGUAAAUGAAUUGGAAGAUGAUUCCACAGAUAGUGAAAAUAAACCAAAUGAAGUUGUGGAAGUAACGCCUUCUCGGAGGUCAACUAGGACAGCAGGAAGGAUGAAAAGGUAUGCUGACGAAUCUUCUGGAGAUGAUGUCGUCGAAAAUGGGGCGGAAGGUGAUAUUGGCGACAAUGAGGAGGAAAUCUUGGGGGAGGAAGAGGUUUCAGUUGUGGACAUCCAUCGCGGAGAUAGCCUUAACAAUACUGAAAAGUCUUACUGCAAAGCACUUAAUCUUGACAAGGAGGAUACUGAAACAUCUGCUCCAAUUCCAAAGAAGAGAAAGCAAAGUGCAAAAUCUGCUCCAAAAAGUCAAGAUCUUGGUCAUAGUACUCAAAGCACUAUGGUUCAAGCAACCAUAUCUACUUUAUUUAAGAAAGUGGAGGAAAAGAGCUCACAGCCCAAGUUGAAGGGGAAAGCGGCUGGAAAAAGAAAAGAUGGGACAAAAAGUGCUGUAGGAAAGAAAAAAACAAAGGUUGAAAUCGAAGAUGAUGACAUUGCUAGCUCAUCACCGGAUAUUAAUACAAGUGAUGAAGAGUGGGGUGCUUGACAGAUAAUAUGCAAGUAGCUCAGGAAUUUGUCAGUUAGGUUCCGGAACAGAUAUCAGUUGUAAUUCGUCAAUUUCAAUAGUAACUCAGGAAUCUAAAACUGCUUGCUUGUUUUUUGAAGAGAAAGAAACUAUAGAAAAGGAUCCGUUAAUAUAAUAUCAACUUCUGUUUGUAGGGAAUCUGAUGCAGACCUUGUUGAAAAGUAUGCAGUUUGGCUAGAGAAUAUAAGAUAGGAUAUACCUAUUUUUUCCCCUUAAUCAACUUGGGAAUACAGAGAGAUUGAAUAAACGGCACCAUUGCUUGGGAUUUGGGGCAAACACUGUUUUUCCUUUGUUAAUGAAUGAGGCAAAGGUUGUCCUGGACUGACUAUUAUUGGCGAAGUAAAAUUUAUUGAGAGCGCUUUAAGGUACUGCCACUUUGCACCCUUGAAAAGGUCUUACAGCUGGAUCUUAUCGGAUGCUAGCCUAUCUUCUGUAUCAAUCUAAUAAUGUAUGAUUGGUAUAUUCUUAGGUAGGAAUGUCUUAUUGCCACUAUGUUUUACCUUUUUGUUAGUGCUUCUUGAGAGGAACUUCGUGCAAAUAGGAGGUUUAACCCAAUCAGAGCUAGAACUGAACUAGGAAGUAUCCGUAUCAUCACCCUCGAGUCAUGAUGUUUCUUUUUCAUGCUAAACAAUAGACUGAAUUUUUUUACAGAAGUUUUAUACUUAUAGACAUUAUUUACAUAUGAAACUUUGAUCACCAUGUUAAAGAGGAUCAUUUCUGAGAGGAUAUAAGAGGAAUUCAGCAUAAUGCUUUGUCCAAAAUUUAGCAUUGGUUUCAACUUUUAAUUUUUGUUUCUGCAAAAUUAACCUUGAUUGAUAUUUCUUAAUGAUUACUUUCUACAAAUGUUAAAUUUUAAUAUGGAAUAGAACCAAAAGAAAAUAUCUCCAUGAAACUUGUCAUAAGUGCCAGAAAAUUUGUAUGUGGCUAGACUUUCUCACUUUGAUCAGUUCCCCGACUGGAAGUUUAGGAGCAAAAUUUCCGAGGCUUUCAGUUUCUAAUGUAAGUCCGCUGUUGGUGACUUAUAUGUGGAAUAUAAUUUUGUUUUUCUGAAAUGGAACACGAAAAGCGGCUACAUAUCAAACUCACACUUUUCUUUUUCUCAUUUGAAUGUGAAUGUGAAUGUACAUUAUGAUGCUCCUACGGUCAUAUUGCUUAAUAGGCAACCAAAAUAUAGUAAUAGGAUUACCCUUUUUUUGUUAAAAUUAUUCAGUUAAUUUUAUUUUUCGAACUUAAUUUGUUGCCUGAUGUUGGAAGUCAAUCAUAAAAUAGUUUCAAAUUUUUACAACUAUUAGAAAAUAUUCAAGAACCUGAUAUCGCUUACAUUUAUGACUAUGUUUAUUUUCCAUCCACUUAUAGAAAACAAGG